AUGUGCAAGAACCGCAUUGAUCGUAUCAUGAACGGUACCGAGACCUUUGGUACCGUUAACAACCGUACAAUCGCCCAGUACUUGUACAAAGGCAAGGUGGGCGGCAUGAAUCCUGAGUACGCGCGGACGUCGAGACACAAAUUCCUCACCCUCAAGACCGAAGGCUGCCGAGUCAUUUGCGAAGACCCCAUCGACUGGUACUGGCAAACAAACAUCUCUCUGACCCUCAGCAUCAUCUCCAAUUGGAUCCUGCCCAUCAUCGCGUUGCUUGCUGCACUUCCUUACGACUCGUUGCACAGAAGAAACGCCGGUGCCUCUUGGAGUAACGGUCGAGGUAGAUUCUGGGGCACAUUCACUGCCGUGCUGAACUGGCUCGGCUCACCGCAAACAGCUCUCACUGCGACCUUGUUCAACAUCCAUCAGACUCGGAAAUGUCGCGACGAGACCUUGCCAUCAGGCCAGGGUAUAUCUGGGAACGACGCCCUCCGGCCGUUGAAGAACGAUGCUUACUACGUUUUAACCUGCGUAGGCCAGUUCAUGCCUCUAGAAUCUGAUGACACGGGUCGGGGUCAUUUCCUGACAACCCUCAUAUACGGGCUAUUUAACCCUCUUUGCGAUAUAGAAGAGGGUGAACAAAUCCAUGCCGGCGGAGCUCCUCAACAACCGAUGCUCACUCCGCCCAAGGCGGGAGCCAAACAAAUGACUACAGAACUUCUCCGAGAAAUGGCUUUCCAGCUGAGAAUGCUGCGGCGUCGAGGAGUGUAUCCCAUGUUUCUCAGCAUCUUCCUCUUCUUCAUCGCUUACGCUGUGUCCAUAGUGCUCGCCUUUGGUGACCUUGGCGGGCGGACGACAGCUCACUCUCUCGCAUUUGGUAUCUUGAUUAGCUGGCUUCCGCUUCUAGUCUUGUUCGCCAUUCUCGACAGGAAUCCCAUUUCUGCAGAUCGAUGUCGAACACUCAUCUCUCGUUGGAUGUGGAACGUGGCAGCAGUAAGGCAAUGGGUAAACGACGGAGAUGGUCGGCCAGAACAUCCAAGAUGGUGGCCUCUAGAGAGAGACACAACAACCCAGGGCCAAGGGAAUGCCCAGGUCGACUUCGAUACGUUUAUGUCCGACUUCGUAGGCCAAGGUAGAAAGAUUGGGUACAACGGGCUACCAUACGCGCUUAGGCACAGCGUAUACAGCUCCUUCAGGCACGACCGAACGAUGAAGUCCCUCCGGGAUAUUUCUCACCAGCUAGAGAAGCACCUCAAUAGUCGCCGUCCUAGAUGCUGGUGGAUAAUAGCCUUCACCUCCCUAGGGCUGAUCUGGCUAGAGAUUGGAAUGGCUUUCAUGAUCUCAUUCAACAUCCCAACCGUCGGCAUUGGCUGCAGAUCAGGGUCGUAUCUUAUCUAUGGUGCUCUCAGCAGCGUUACCUGGUUCAUUCACUUGUGGCGCCCAUCCCGUCCCAGGAGAGUAGCCUGUCUUGUAUUCUGCUUGUUGUCAACGGUGGUUCUCGGCUUUAUCGUUUUCGCCGCUUUCAGUGGGAUUAUGAAGAACUGCUUGUGUAGAGGCGGUCUUUCGGGCUACAUGGACUUUGAAAAUGCUGAGUUCUACAGGAAUACAGCCCAUUUCGACGUCGCUACGUGGUGGAAGGCGGCGGCGAUUGUUGCGGCUCUUCCCCUUGUCGUUGGCUUUAUUGCUGCGGUUGUCUUACUAGGGAAACUACAGGGUUUAUGGCAAGCAUCUGAGCAGAGCACUCGGAAUGCCCAGGUCGAUAUGCAAUGGCUAAUAUGA